GAAAAAAAUUAUGACAUCUCAGAAAUUAAAUACAAACACAAAGAAUCUUUAAAAAAUUUGAUGUAUCAAAAUUAUGAUUUGUUCCAAAUACCUGAUUUCUUGUAUUAUUAUGAUACGUUUUUAAAAAAUGGGUUCAAAAUAGACCUAAAUCACAGAGAAUAUAAUUUUUUAACUCUCAGAGACAUGAUAGCAAUCUCCCAUGAUUUCGCUUCGAAAUCAUCUGGAUACAUAUUCCAAACAGAUAAUGAAGACAAUUUAGAAGGAACAUCAAACAUGCAAUUACAUUCUGAUGAAACAUUUUUUAAUUGGGCUCAAGAAGUUUUUAAUGUUGUCGAUGGCCUUACCCCAGAAAAAGCAAACCUAAUUGCUGAAAAAAUUAAAUUAGAAAAUGUUUUUGAAACCAGAAAAUGCAUGAAUAAACCUUUAACAAAAAUUGAGAUGCAAUGGUUAUGUAUUAUAAUCGGAAGACAUUUAAAAUUUAACAUUAAUAAAAUUUAUUUUAGAGUAUUAGAAGAUCCUUAUUUUAUAUUUAAGGUUCUUUAUUACUUAGCAAUAACUAUAGUGGCUGUCUUAGAAGAUUCCUCAUAUUUAGAUAUAGACAAAGUUGAAAAAGAAUUAAUUAAAGAAGUAGAAACUCUUCCUGAAGAUGUUUCAGUAAUUGAUCACUCUAAAGCUUCUAUUGAUAAAAGCAUUUUUGUCAAAGAUAAUAUUGUUACUUUUGACCAAUUUAUAAGAUAUCGAAUUGAAAGUUUAGAACAAUUCAUUAAUUGUUUUGAAAAUCAAGAAAAAAUACCUAUUUCUAGGCUUAGAGAAGAACAGAAUAAUUAUCAAAGUCAUAUAAAAUUUUUAGAAAACCAAAUAAAAGAUUUGGAAGCAAGGAAUCAUGAAAAAGAAAUUAAUUUGGAUGAAAAAAUUAAUAUUAAGAUAAAAGAACUAAUUCAAUUAGAUAAUAAAAAAGAUAAGAAGACAAAAGAACUAAUUCAAUUAGAAAAUAAAAAAGAUAAGAAGACAAAAGAACUAAUUCAACUAAAUAUUGAAAUAGGCAAUAAAAAAAAAGAACUAAUUGAAUUAAACGAAGAAUUCGAUCUAACAAAAAAAAAUUUGAAGAUUAGUAAAUCGGCAAUGAAAAUAAAUGAGUAUCAUGUUGAAAAUGACAUUAUUAGAGAAUCUACAGAAAAUUAUGAUUUUGAAUUAGCAGUCAAAGAAAUCCGAAAUGAAAUUGACAUAAAAAUCGAUUCAUUGAAUCAAAAAAUACAGGUGAAUGUUUUAGAAAUGAAAAAAAUUAUAAAUGAUCAGAACACUAGAUGGUUUAAAGAAUUUUAUAAAGACUUUAAUCUACUGAACAAGAAAGUUCAAAACAUUGAUCUAGAAAUUCACAAAAUAAAAAAUCAACAAAAAUACAUAAUAUUAACACUAAUAGGUUUGUACUUUGACUUAUAUCUUCAAAUUUAA